AUGUUACGCGACCCCACAGUGAAAGCAGGGGGCGCUCACUCACUGUACGAGCAGCCGGACAGAAAGCUGCAGCCGUGGGUAAAGUUUUGUAACAGAACGUUUGAUGAUUACGCAUGUUGGCCUGACGGGGUUCCUGGAACAUACGUGAAUGUAACUUGUCCUUGGUACCUUCCCUGGGCUCACAAAGUGAUCCAAGGGAGAGUUUUUCGAUACUGCACCCCCGAAGGAAUAUGGCUUUUGAAAGAGAACUCGAGUGUUCCCUGGAGAAACCUGUCGGAGUGCGAGGACAGAUCAUUAAAGGUCCAGCCAGAAGAACAGCUAUCAUCUCUAUCAAUUAUUUACACGGUUGGCUACUCGCUUUCCUUCUCUGCACUCAUCAUCGCGACAUCCAUUCUGGUCAGAUUCAGGCAUUUACACUGUACAAGAAAUUAUAUUCACCUCAACCUCUUCACCUCUUUCAUCCUGAGAGCCAUUUCCGUGUUUAUUAAGGACUCGGUGCUCCGGUGGAUGUAUAACAUUGCGAUCUAUGACAACCACUGGGAUGGCCUCAUCUCUUAUCAGGAGUCCCUCAGCUGCCGGCUGGUCUUCGUCUUGAUGCAGUAUUGCGUGGCUGCCAAUUACUACUGGCUGCUGGUGGAAGGCAUCUACCUCCACACCCUGCUCGUGGUGUCUGUUUUCUCUGAACAGAGGCUCUUCCGCUUUUACCUGUGCAUUGGAUGGGGUGUCCCGAUGCUGUUUGUUAUCCCGUGGGGUAUCGUCAAGUAUCUGUAUGAGGACGAUGGGUGCUGGACGAGGAAUUAUAACAUGAAUUAUUGGCUGAUCAUCCGCCUUCCCAUUCUGAUAGCCAUUGGAGUGAAUUUCGUGAUCUUUAUCCGGGUGAUCUGCAUCAUUAUCUCCAAGCUGCAGGCGAACCUCAUGUGCAGAAACGACACCAAAUGCAGACUUGCGAAGUCGACGCUGACGCUGAUUCCUCUGCUGGGGACGCACGAGAUCAUUUUUGCGUUCAUCACCGACGAGCACGCGAAAGGAGUCCUCCGCUACAUCAAACUGUUAUUUGAAUUAUCGUUCAGCUCCUUCCAGGGGCUGAUGGUUGCGGUUCUUUACUGCUUCAUCAACAAUGAGGUCCAGGCGGAAUUUCAGAAAAGGUGGGAACGCUGGAGACUCGAACAUUUCUACAGCCAAAGAGACAGCAGCAUGAAGCCCAUCAAAUUCCCCGCGAACAGCAUCAGCAGCGGGGUCACCGUGGGGAGCAGCGUCUGAACGCCUAGUGGCUGCCGUCUGCUUACGUCUAAGACAUUUCACCACGGG